UGAGAAGUGCGCGAUGCAGGCGACGCUUGCGAGGGUGGCGGCUCUGCGGAGAAUCGGUCUCCUCUCCGGCCGGGUCGGCGGGAGGGGGCUGUGGACAGGCCGCCCGCAGUCAGAUAUUGACAACGUGAAGCCAUUGGCRGGUGUAAAAAUUCUAGAUCUAACAAGAGUGCUGGCAGGACCUUUUGCUACUAUGAAUUUAGGAGAUCUUGGAGCAGAAGUUAUAAAAGUGGAAAGACCAGGAGCUGGUGAUGAUACACGAACUUGGGGGCCACCUUUUGUGGGUACAGAAAGUACAUAUUUUCUCAGUGUUAAUCGAAAUAAAAAAAGCAUAGCUGUUAAUAUCAAGGAUCCAAAAGGGGUGAAAAUCAUCAAAGAGCUUGCAGCUGUUUGUGAUGUAUUUGUGGAAAACUAUGUCCCUGGAAAACUGUCCACAAUGGGCCUGGGGUAUGAAGAUAUAGACAAGAUUGCUCCUCACAUCAUCUAUUGCUCCAUCACAGGUUAUGGUCAGACAGGCCCCAUGUCUCAAAGAGCUGGUUAUGAUGCCAUUGCCUCUGCUAUUUCUGGUCUGAUGCACAUCACAGGGCCUGAGGAUGGUGAUCCAGUUCGCCCAGGAGUGGCCAUGACUGAUCUUGCCACUGGCCUGUAUGCAUAUGGAGCCAUUAUGGCUGGAUUGAUACAAAGAUAUAAAACUGGAAGAGGACUGUUCAUUGAUUGUAACCUACUGUCAUCUCAGGUGGCAUGUUUGACCCAGGUAGCUGUUAAUUAUCUCAUUGGCCAAAAGGAAGCAAAACGUUGGGGCACUGCUCAUGGCAGUAUUGUUCCUUACCAGGCUUUUAAAACCAAGGAUGGCUAUUUUGUAGUUGGAGCAGGAAAUGACCAACAGUUUGCUACUGUGUGCAAGAUCUUGAAUUUGCCUGAGUUGAUUGAUGAUUCCAAGUAUAAAACCAACCAUCUUCGAGUGGAGAAUAGAAAAGAGCUUAUUAAAAUACUAUCUGCACGGUUUGAAGAAGAAAUGACCACUAAGUGGUUAUAUCUCUUUGAAGGCAGCGGGGUCCCAUAUGGCCCAAUCAACAAUAUGAAGGGUGUAUUUACAGAACCUCAGGUGCUACACAAUGGCCUCAUUAUGGAAAUGAAGCAUCCAACUGUGGGGAAGAUUUCAGUCCCAGGCCCAGCUGUGAGAUACAGUAAGUUCAAGAUGUCAGAGGCCAGGCCACCUCCCCUGCUUGGGCAGCACACAACGUGCAUCCUGAAGGAGGUCCUUGGAUACGAUGACAGGGCUGUUGGGGAGCUGCUCAGCGCUGGAGUCGUGACCCAACACAAAACCAAGUGACAAAAGAGAAGCACUCUUUCUCAAAGCCACAGUCUGAGAGCACUUUGCUGGUAAAGGCGAUACUCUCUGGAUCCUUCUCCCCAAUCCUGAUGCCAGGAUUUCCUGCCUGGAAUCUUUGCAAUAACUCUGGAAUUAACGAGCCUCGUGCCCUUCAAAUAUACCCCACCUUUUAUUCCCUAACAUUUUCUUUCAGAUGAUGGUUUAAUUGUGGAUUUGUGGAAUUUUCUUUAUAAAGAUGUAAUAACUUUGUUUCCAUCCAAUAGAAAUGAUAUAUAUUUAAGGUGACAGAUAUGUUAAUUAGUCUGAUUCAAUCCUUCCAUAAAGUAUAUGUGUAUGAAGCAU